GCAUUUGACCAGCCUUUAGUUGGCUUACGGCAGCGGUACGUGCUGCAUGCGUGCGGUCGGUUCGGAAAUCUAAUUGGAAACCAUCAUCAUCAUCAGCAAAAGCAAAAGAACACUUCUUCUCGCGUUGAAAGCAGCAAAAAGAAAAGAGGAAAGUCAGUCAGGAUGUAUUUACCGUACUCGCAAUUGCCGGAUCCAACGGAUAAGUUCGAGAUCUACGAGGAGAUAGCCCAAGGUGUCAAUGCCAAAGUAUUUCGGGCCAAGGAACUGGAGACCGAUCGCCUUGUGGCACUCAAGAUACAGCACUACGAUGAGGAGCAUCAGGUGUCCAUCGAGGAGGAGUAUCGCACGCUGCGCGACUACUGUGCCCAUCCCAAUCUGCCGGAGUUCUAUGGCGUCUAUAAGCUCUCGAAGCCGAAUGGACCCGAUGAGAUUUGGUUCGUUUUGGAGUACUGUGCUGGCGGAACAGCCGUGGAUAUGGUUAACAAGCUGCUGAAGCUGGACCGCAGGAUGAGGGAGGAGCAUAUUGCCUACGUGAUCCGGGAGACGUGUCGGGCAGCCAUCGAGCUGAAUCGCAAUCAUGUCCUGCACCGGGACAUCCGGGGCGACAACAUUUUGCUCACGAAGAACGGACGGGUGAAGCUCUGCGACUUCGGCCUGUCGCGUCAAGUGGACUCGACAUUGGGGAAGCGGGGAACCUGCAUUGGCUCGCCCUGUUGGAUGGCCCCCGAAGUGGUCGCCGCCAUGGAGAAGCGGGAGCCCGAUAUCACCGUUCGGGCAGAUGUCUGGGCCCUGGGCAUCACCACCAUUGAGCUGGCCGAUGGAAAGCCGCCGUUCGCCGACAUGCAUCCCACUCGGGCCAUGUUCCAGAUCGUACGCAAUCCGCCGCCGACACUGAUGCGACCCACGAACUGGUCCCAGCAGAUCAACGACUUCGUGGCCGAGUGCCUGGAGAAGAAUGCCGAGAAUCGUCCCAUGAUGGUCGAGAUGGUGGAGCAUCCAUUCCUCACGGAGCUCAUUGAGAACGAGGAGGAGAUGCAGUCGGACCUGGCCGAGAUGCUGGAGCUCUCGCGUGACGUGAAGAACCUGUACAAGGAGCCGGAACUGUUCGUGGAUCGCGGCUAUAUCAAGCGCUUCGAUGGCAAGCCGGAACGCAUGUACCCCGAAGAUUUGGCAGCCCUCGAGAACCCCGUGGAUGAGAGCAUCAUCGACUCGCUACGGAAUCGCAUGAUGACUGGUGAAUCGUUCAGUUUCAUAGGCGACAUUCUGCUGUCCCUGAACUCGAAUGAGCUCCCAAGUGAAUUCCUGCCGGAGUUCCAUGCCAAAUAUCGCUUCAAGUCGCGCUCGGAGAACCAACCGCAUAUCUUCUCCGUGGCCGAUAUCGCCUACCAGGAUAUGCUGCAUCAUCGCGAGCCCCAGCACAUUGUGCUCUCUGGGGAGAGCUACUCGGGCAAGUCCACCAAUGCCCGACUGCUGAUCAAGCAUCUGUGCUAUCUGGGGGCUGGCAAUCGCGGUGCCACCGGGCGUGUGGAGACCUCCAUCAAGGCCAUCCUGAUGCUGGUGAAUGCCGGCACUCCCGUCAACAAUGACUCCACCCGCUGUGUCCUGCAGUAUUGCCUGACGUUCGGCAAGACAGGCAAGAUGAGUGGCGCCGUAUUCAACAUGUAUAUGCUGGAGAAGCUGCGCGUGGCCACAUGUGAUGGCACCCAGCACAACUUCCACAUUUUCUACUACUUCUAUGACUUCAUCAGCCAGCAGAAUCAGCUGAAGGACUACAACCUGAAGGCGGAGCGCAACUAUCGCUAUCUGCGCGUACCCCCAGAUGCUCCGCCCACCAAGAUCAAGUAUCGUCGCGAUGAUCCCGAGGGCAAUGUGGAGCACUUCCGGGAGUUCGAGAACAUCCUCCGGGAUCUGGACUUUAGCCACAAGCAGCUGGAGACGGUGCGCAAGGUGCUGGCUGCCAUCCUGAACAUUGGCAACAUUCGCUUCCGACCGUCCGGCAAGUACGCCGAAGUGGAGAACACGGACAUUGUGUCGCGCAUUGCCGAGCUCCUGAGGGUGGACGAGAAAAAGUUUAUGUGGUCGCUGACCAACUUUAUAAUGGUCAAGGGAGGUGUGGCCGAGCGACGGCAGUACACCUCGGAGGAGGCGCGCGAUGCACGCGAUGCAGUCGCCAGCACCAUUUACUCCCGACUGGUGGACUUCAUCAUCAACAGAAUCAACAUGAACAUGUCCUUUCCACGAGCAGUCUUUGGCGACACCAAUUCCAUUGUUAUCCAUGAUAUGUUCGGCUUUGAGUGCUUCAAUCGGAACGGCAUGGAGCAGCUGAUGAUCAACACGCUGAACGAGCAGAUGCAAUACCACUACAAUCAGCGCAUUUUCAUCAGCGAAAUGCUGGAACUGGAGGCCGAGGAUAUAGACACCAUCAACCUGAACUUCUAUGACAACAAGACCGCUCUGGAUAAUCUGCUGACCAAGCCCGACGGUCUCUUCUACAUCAUCGAUGAUGCCUCACGCUCCUGCCAGGAUCAGGACUUGAUUAUGGAUCGCGUUUCGGAGAAACACAGCCAGUUUGUGAAGAAGCACACUGCCACUGAGAUAUCCGUUGCCCAUUAUACGGGCCGCAUCAUCUACGAUACACGCGCCUUCACCGACAUCAAUCGCGACUUUGUGCCCCCGGAAAUGAUUGAGACGUUCCGCUCCUCGCUGGACGAGAGCAUAAUGCUCAUGUUCACCAAUCAACUGACCAAAGCUGGCAAUCUAACAAUGCCCUUUGAGGCUGUCCAGCAUAAGGAUGAAACUGAGCGCAAGUCCUACGCCCUAAACACAUUGAGUGCUGGCUGCAUCUCCCAGGUGAACAAUUUGCGUACUCUGUCGGCCAAUUUCCGCUUCACCUGCCUGACUCUGCUCAAAAUGCUCAGCCAAAGUGCCAGUCUCGGGGUGCAUUUUGUGCGUUGCAUACGCGCGGACUUGGAGUACAAGCCGCGUGCCUUCCACUCGGAUGUGGUGCAGCAGCAGAUGAAGGCUCUGGGUGUCCUGGACACGGUCAUUGCACGGCAGAAGGGUUACAGCUCUCGACUGGGUUUCGAUGAGUUCCUAAAACGCUAUCAAUUCCUCGCCUUUGACUUCGAUGAGCCCGUGGAAAUGACCAAAGAGAAUUGUCGUCUCCUAUUUUUGCGUCUCAAGAUGGAGGGUUGGGCCCUGGGCAAGUCCAAAGUAUUUUUGCGCUACUACAACGAUGAGUUCUUGGCCAGAAACUACGAGCUGCAAGUGAAGAAGGUCAUCAAAGUGCAGUCCAUGAUGCGGGCACUUUUAGCCCGAAAACGUGUCAAGGGAGGCAAAGUCUUUAAAUUGGGCAAAAAGGGACAGGAGCAUACCGAUUUGGCGGCUGCCAAAAUACAAAAAGCCUAUCGCGGUUUCCGUGACCGCGUGCGCCUGCCGCCGCUGGUCAAUGAGAAGACGGGCCAGAGGAAUGAGAACACCGCCGACUUUAUUCGACCCUAUGCCAAGAAAUGGCGUGAGAAAUCCAUCUUCCAGGUGCUGCUGCACUACAGAGCGGCACGCUUCCAGGACUUUGUCAAUCUCUCACAGCAGGUGCACAUCUACAACCAACGGAUGGUCGGUGGCCUGAACAAGUGCACCCGGGCGGUGCCGUUCGAGCGCAUUAAUAUGCGGGAGGUGAACUCCUCGCAGCUGGGACCCCUCCCAGUGCCCAUGAAGAAGAUGCCCUUCCGCCUGGAUCAGAUACCCUUCUACGAUACACAGUAUAUGGUGGAUCCGGCCAAUUCGAUAUCGCGCCAAGCGUUUCCCAAUCAGCUGCUGGUCCAAAAUCUGGAGGACGAUGAGGCCUGGGAUAGUCCUCUGCAGCGCAAUCCCUCGAUGACUUCCUGUGCCCUGACCUACAACGCAUACAAGAAAGAGCAGGCAUGCCAGACCAAUUGGGAUCGCAUGGGCGAGAGCGAUAAUAUAUGCAAUCAGGGCUUCUUUCGAGAUCCACAGCAGUUGAGGAGAAAUCAAAUGCAACAAAACAUGAAUGCCUACAACAAUGCCUAUAACAACUACAACAGCAGCAGCAGCAGCAAUCCCAACUGGGGUCGCUCCGGAUCGCGUCGUAAUUCCCUCAAGGGCUAUGCGGCGCCACCGCCGCCACCACCGGUGCCUUCGGCCAACAACUACUAUCGCAAUAAUCCCAGUCAACAGCCGCAGCGGAACUAUCAGCAACGCUCCUCGUAUCCACCUACAGAUCCAAUAAGGGAGCUCCAGAACAUGGCACGCAACGAGGGCGAUAACUCCGAGGAUCCGCCGUUCAACUUCAAGGCCAUGCUGCGCAAGACAAACUAUCCAAGGGGCUCGGAGACGAGCACCUAUGACUUCCACAAUCGCCGGGGUUCGGACGCCGAUCAGCAGCACACAUUCCAGGCACCCAAGCUGCGCUCCACUGGACGCCGCUUCGAAGAUGAGAGCUACAACACCUCAAUGUCGGGCAACUAUGGGAUAGCACGCAACUUUGGCCAGCAGCGGGCUCCUCCCUUGAACCAGAGCUCCUCCAGUGUGGGUCGCAGCUUUGAGAACAGCAAUGCCAGAUCCUUCGAGCAGGCGGGCUCCUAUGUUGAGGAGGAGAUUGCACCGGGGGUGACACUAUCCGGCUAUGCAGUGGAUAUAUAAACUAAGGAACAGGCUCUCCACAUCCCACCAGAAAGCUCCAAAAUGGAUAUACAUAGUCGAUCCAUAUGCAAAAAUUUGUAACUAAGUCUCAGCUCCAACAUUGAGUGGAUUUCAUAUAGAACUUAGGUGUAGAACUUAAAACAUAACUAAAAUAUAAUUUUCAGCCCAAGAUUAGCCCUUGGUGGCAUGUCUCUUAAUUGUUUAAUCCGUUUACAUCCGUUUAGAAAGCUUAAAUUAUUUUUUAGCAAUAAAUUGAAUUCAGCAAA